AUGGGCCAGCAGCAACCGAAGGGGCAAAAAAAGCAGCCCGAGAAGUGGGAACCUCCCGUCGCGCCGCAGAUCGGCAAACGAAAGAAAAAAGCCGGCCCGGAUGCCGCCACCCGGCUCCCUAAAAUCCACCCCGCGCGCGCCUGUUUGCUUCGACAGUACCGCCUGGAGCGUUGCAAGGAUCACCUGCUUUUAGAGGAGGAGCUCCUCCGCACGAUUGGGGCGCGGCGGGAGGCCCAGACGGCCUUGGAGGACGGCGCCCUCUCCCAUUACGAGGCGGAGCUGCGAAAAGUCGAGGAGUUGCGCGGCACCCCGUUGGAGGUCGCCACCCUCGACGAGGCGAUUGACGACGGCCACGCGAUCGUCUCCAUCUCCGGCGCGGAGUUCUACGUGCCGUUGCUUUCCUUUGUGGAUAAGGAGCAGCUGGAGUUGGGUUGUAGCGUCCUCCUGCACGACCGUCAGCACAGUAUUGUGGGGGUUUUGAAGGAUAACGUCGACCCCCUUGUGAGUGUGAUGAAGGUUGAAAAGGCGCCAACGGAUACCUAUGCGGAUAUCGGCGGCCUGGAGAGUCAAAUCCAGGAGAUCAAAGAGGCGGUGGAGUUUCCCCUUUCGCAUCCAGAGUUGUACGAUGAGGUGGGGAUUAAACCCCCCAAGGGAGUUAUUUUGUAUGGGGUGCCCGGCACGGGGAAAACCCUCCUCGCGAAGGCAGUGGCAAAUCAAACGAGCGCGACGUUUCUCCGCGUUGUCGGAUCGGAGUUGAUUCAACAAUAUGCAGGUGAAGGGCCGAAGCUCGUUCGCGAAUUAUUCCGCGUUGCGGAGGAAAACUCCCCGUCGAUCGUCUUCAUCGACGAGAUCGACGCGAUCGGGACGAAGCGCUACGAAACGGAUAGCAGCGGUACGAAGGAGGUUCAGCGCACAAUGCUCGAGCUUCUCACUCAGCUCGACGGCUUUGACAGCUCCAGCGAUGUGAAGGUGAUUAUGGCGACGAAUCGGAUCGACACGCUCGACCCUGCGCUAAUUCGACCCGGACGGAUCGAUCGCAAGAUUGAAUUCCCUUUUCCGGAUGAGAAAACAAAGAAGAUGAUCUUUAACAUCCACACCAGUCGGAUGUCGCUCGCUGAGGAUGUGGAUAUUAGCGAGUUCAUCCACGCCAAGGAUGAGAUGAGUGGGGCAGAUAUCAAGGCGAUUUGCACCGAGGCUGGUCUCCUCGCCCUGCGCGAGCGUAGGAUGAAAGUUUGUCAGGCAGACUUCGUGAAGGGGAAGGAAAAUGUUCAAUAUCGUAAGGAUAAGUCAACUUUUUCAAUAUUUUACUUGUAA